AUGAAGAUAUAUUUAACAAUUCAAAUUGUAUACGGUAUCAUUACAUACGAUUAAAAUACUCUUAAUUAGUUUACUUAUUAGUAUAGUGGAGGAAAUUCUUGUCAUUCACCUUAACAACGCAUACAAAAAUUUUAUUUUUCUGACACAUUUGCAAGACCUACAAAAAAAUUUUUUUUUAAACUGAUUUAUUUAACUUGGCUUGUCCAAAAGUCAAUUUAACGCUCAGAUUAAGACAGUUACAAUGUAUUAAUUAUUUAAAAAUGAGAUUUUAUAACACUAGGGGAUGCUAUUAAUCAAUCGUUUAUGGUAUUGUAAUUAAAUGCUUUAUUAAUUUAAGAUUGUAUUGAUUGUGUAGAAGAAAGUAUUUCAAACAGAAUUUAAAUUGGAAAUGUUUGUCAAUGUAAAACAGGAUAUUCUGAAUAUGAAGUUAAGGAAUAAAUCUGUGGAAGUAUUACUUUUAAUUCAUUUUAGAAUGUCAUGCAAAAUGCUUAACAUGUUUCUAACCCGCUGACGGAUCUGAAAACUAAUAUUGUCUUACUUGUAUUCCUGGAUAAAAUCGUGUUGUUUCAGACACUUUUAAAUGUGAUUGUGAAGUUAAUUAUAGUGAUUUUGGGGGCAUUUUAGAAGUUUGUGCUGGUAGAUUAAUAAAUUAUACAUAGUUUGUCAUUAUACAUGUGGAAAUUGUAUUGGUGUCGAAGCCACAAAUUGUUCAUAAUGCUCAGAAACUUCUAACAGAGAAUUAACACCUUUGGGAGAAUGUUUAUGUAAAUAAUCGUAUUUUGAUGAUAAUACUGAAAAUAUAACAUGUUAAAGUACUUAAUUGGAUGUGAUUAAUAGAGUGUCAUCAUUCUUGUUUAAUAUGUGCAAGCAGUACUGAAAAGGAUACAUGUUUAGAAUGUCCUUCUAGUAGAACAGCUUAAUCAUCAGGUAGUUUCUUCGAAUGCUUUUGUACUGAUUCAAAUACAUUUGAUGAUGGAUUUUCACUAUAAUGUCAAUAAUGUGAUUAAUCCUGUAAAACAUGUUUUGGUCCACUUUCAUCUAAUUGUUUAACAUGUGAUACAAAUUAUAGAUAACUGGAAUUAUCAUUUUGUGUUUGUCCAAUAAAUUAUUAUGAUAUUGGAUAAUUAGAGUGUGCAGGUAAUUAUUACUUAUUAUUAAAAGAAUGCCAUUAUUCUUGUCACAGAUGUUUUGAUAAUAAUGCAGAAAGUUGUAUAAUGUGUUCUUUUGACCUUAAUCUUAGGGUUUUGAAAGGUAAUAUAUGUAAAUGUGUUGAUGGAUAUUAUGAGGAAGUUGGAAUAGCUUAAUGUUAAAGUAAUUAUUAAAUUAUUAUUAUCUAUUAGAAUGUGCAUAUAAAUGUGAGACAUGUAACAUUCAGCCUGAUAAAUGUCUGAGUUGUCCAUUAAAUUCAAUUCGUAAACUUGAUCCAAUUAAAGGAUGUUAUUGCCCAGAGGAAUACUUUGAUAAAGAAAAUGAGAUAACUUGUCUAAGUAAAAUAAAUAUAAAUUAAAGAAUGUCAUUUCAAAUGUAAAACCUGUUAAUAAUUAACAAAAUAUUCUGA